GACGGCGCCAAGGGCGCGCAGGACCCGUCCGGGGGCAGCAGCGGCAGCGAGGCGGCGCCUCAGGACAAUGAGAGUCUGAGUCCAAACUGUGGUGCUACCAAGAGGAAGAAGAAGCAGAGGAGGAACCGCACCACAUUCAACAGCAGCCAGCUCCAGGCUCUGGAGAGAGUCUUUGAGAGGACACAUUACCCAGAUGCUUUUGUGCGAGAGGAGUUAGCACGGAGGGUGAACCUCAGUGAGGCCCGAGUCCAGGUGUGGUUUCAGAACAGACGGGCCAAGUUCCGCCGCAACGAGAGGGCUAUGUUAGCCAACCGGUCCGCCUCUCUCCUCAAGUCCUACAGCCAAGAAGCAGCCAUUGAACAGCCCAUGGCCCCCAGGCCAACUUCCUUGAGCCCAGACUAUCUCUCCUGGACCACCACCUCCCCCUACAGCCCAGUGCCAUCCUACAGCUCCAGCGCGCCCACCACACCUGUCCAGGGGGUGAACAUGGCCAACAGCAUUGCCAGCCUGCGCCUCAAAGCCAAAGAGUUCAGCCUGCAUCAGAACCAGGUGCCCACUGUGAACUGACUGCACAGCCCCAAAAACUGGGACAAAAAUGCCAACGUGCCUGCCCUAGCAGGGACAGCUCCUUCCCAAUCCUGAAGUGCCAGUUUGGAUGGCCUGUGCCAAUCUAGACCAGAACACUAGUGCCACUCAACUAAUACUGAUUCCAGUAUCAGCAUCUGCAGAUGCCACUCCCAUGCCCUCUUUUUUCUGUGCCUUUUGAAGGCAGAGCAAGUUGCAGUCUGGCUUUGGUAAGUGGUGUGCAACUGUAGACACAUAUGGAGUAAACUUGCUUCCCCCAUAAUAAAGGAUACACACACCCAUACACCCUCACACUUCAAGAAUAUAAAGACUUGCCAAGUUUACAUGAGUUUGCUUCCAAACAGGGAAGGAUCUUGGACCACUGGAUUUGACCGAUUUGAGUAUCUUGCCUGGACAGUCAAAGAGAAGUUGAGUAUCCUCCUACCCCAGGGACAUGGCAUUUUGCAGAGGAUCACUAAAAUGCAUAAUGUCCAUUAUAUAGUCCCUUUUUCUUCAGUGGUCACUAAGCCAUGAUUGUUCAGCAGUCGCAUAUGUAGCCAAUUCACAUUAGACACCAGCACGCCCAAGGCUGAUGCAUCUUCUCACCUCUUUGUACAUCACCAGACUGCAAUGCUUGCAAGAGAGAGAAACUUUGGCAGAUGGAACUGUGCACACCUGCUGUAUAUAUUCAUUAUCUUGACCCUGCAUUGUGCUUUGUACAUUUAGGAAUAGCCAGCUGCCCAUGUCAACGCGAGAUACACACCACCAGCCUUAACUAGUAACCAAAGAGAACGAGGAUGGCUCGAGUGUCCAGAAGGACUCACUCCGUCAGCUACCUAAAAAUCUCAUUAGUUGGGGUCUUGCAGUUUUCUGAAAGUCAGCAUUUGCUCUGUACUGUUUGGUUAAGUCCAUGAACUCACAAAAAAACGUAAAGGGCUUCAGGUGCCUGAACUCUCCCAAGGAAAAAGAAAAUAAAAUCUGUGAGCUUUAGCUGAAUACCCAGUUGUUAAAUCUCUAUGCAAACAGUACUAAAGCCAGCCUCCUUCAGAGACACAGCCUCCCUUACAGAACUGCAUUCCCUGGAUGUGGUCAGUGGCCCAAGCUUGUAAAUUAAAUUCCUGCAGCAGAAAGUGGUUGGGUUUCCCCUUUUCUCCACCUCUUUUUUUCCACAAGGGGGACUUUCAACCCUGUAUCAUCUCCCCAAACUGUUCGGUCCCCCCUUCCCUUGACCCCAUUGUGAAUUUAGACUUAACAAUAAGUCUAUCAGUCUUUUUAAGAGUAAAUAUGGCAACUUCUGAGGUACCUUCAUGAGACCCUGCUCUAUUGUAAGUGCAGGCAUUUUGUCUUAGCUCAUUCUGUGGAGUCCAAAUGUCCGGGUACCUCACACUGAGGCAUAAAACCCAACAUUGGCAGUAGUUACAGAUGAGAAAAAGUGCCAGGAGAACAGCACAUGUGCACAGGAAGAGAGAUCACCCAUAAAGAUAAUCUUACUUCUCCCUUGCCUCCCCCACUCAUUGCUUCUCUGUGAGCAUCCUCUUAUUUAAUGAGCCUUUGGCUGGAGCCCAGUACACUAACUAACAACAGGAAUAAUCUCAGAACCAACUGUUUCUCCUCCACAAAUACAGGUGCUCUGUGCUUGAGCUAAAGGAGAGUCCCCCAUAACCUGUAGCAUUGUUAGGGUUUGCAUCUGGUUUAGCUACAGUAGGACCACGCUCUUAUAAGCAGUCCUGACCUUCUGUCCAGGGCAGGAGAGAGAAAAACUUGAGCUCCUCUGUAACACCUUGCUGCGAGGUCUGCAGAGGCCUAGAUCUUCUGGUUGAACCAGCAGGGACAUAUUGGGUUGGAUGUUCCUUGUCAGCCUGCCCCAACACAGGGAAGGGGUUUCCAAAAUUGAGAUGCCAACCCCUCAGGAGGAUUAGCUUUAAUUGAACUAAAGGACCUGAACUUCCUGUUGUCAUAGUGCUGUCAACAACACCAAACCUACUCAAAUGAUGAGGCAGCUCUGGAUGUUCCCCAAACAAAUCACAGGUCUGUGGAGGGCCCUCCUUAUGCUGCUGCCAAAACCACUCUAGGCUGCACAUCCCCUAUAAUAAUACUUUAUUCGAUUCCAGCAAUUGUUUACACACUUCCUAAGUAGCCAUUGUGUUAGGGGGAUGCUGAAUUACUCCUAGAAUUAAAAGGUGAACCUAAGUGACCUAGAAGUAUGCAUUCCUUCGGCUUUCAACAGGACUCGUGCACCAGCGACACUUGAGCAAUUUUGAAAUCCUCUUGCACUAGGUCCUUAACGAAGCUAAAGGGUGCCAUCGGCACGAAAGGCCAGAUUUCAAACAAGCCCACAUCAAAAAUAAUUAGAAUUAUUUCUAUGGCUCCCUUUUUUGUUGCACUUGAGCUUUACAGAAUCUGUUAUGCUUUGAUCCUCACAACACCUGCGAGACAGGGUUAUUAUCCCCAGUUUGCAGAUAGGAAAGGAGGCACGGAGCAGUGAGAAGAUAUCACUUUAAUGGCCUAGCUAACACAAUGCAGGGUAUGUGCACACUGAAGCCCAAGCCCUGCACUUUUCCCCUGGUCCCUGAUAUUUCUUUCGAAAUGCAAUUUCAAAUGCAGAUUUUCCAAAAUCACCACAGUGAGGUCUGGACUCAGGCAUUCACAGGAUAUGGCUAAAACACUGAAUAAAUAGCAGGUAGGAAAAAUCUGGUCUUGAGCUCUUAGAAAUCUCCAUCUCCAUGAGACCAAACAAGCUCCUUAGAUUUCUCAGUGCAAUCCCCUGUAGAUAGGAUUGUGUCAUGCACAUUCCCGUGACUGCUGCAUACCUUGUUCUAUGACUUAAGGAUGCAUCUUGGGCAAUUAUUACACCCUUGGCAGUUUCAGCCAUGUCUCAAAGACCAGGUAACUACAGCAGAAAGAGCACGGUUUCGAGGGGCAAUUAUUUAGCUAGCGAGAAAAAGAUCUUUUCCGAGCACUUAGGAAAUAGCUGUGAUGCUUCGUGCUAACCUAUGGGUGAAUGCCAGCAAAACAGGGGUCAGGUCCAUUGGCACAAGCCAAGAGCUCAGGAGUAGGAAACUAUUAAAGGGCAAACAGAGCAAGAACAAGCCAAAGUGUAUGUGGAUGCAGGGCGAUUGCUUUGGGUGAAGCUCCCACUGCAUUAGUUCCAGGUUAAUGCUAGAAGCCACUGCAACAGCACAGGACAAACAAGCCUGUGAUUGAAACUCCACUUUACCCCCAAGGAAAAGACGUUCUCAAGCAGGGAACACUAUAUUUCCAGCACCAGCAAGUGAGCCAGCCCCUCACUGAAUAACAGUAAAGGGAAGAUCGUAUUAAGACCUCAUGGGCUAGCGAAGACAUGGAUUCAUUGUAGAUAAAAAGCCCACCAUGAGAAACUUUGCUUGAGGGCUGGAGGAAGGGAAAUUAUGAAGCUUUCAUUCCCAUGGCAAGCACAGGGCUCUUUGUCAGUUAUACAAGAUAAAACCACAGGGAUAUAAAUGUCACUCCCUCUUUGCGAGCAUUAAUGAAAAUAAACCCGGUUAAUAGUUUGCAGAUGCUGUUUCUGUAAACCUAAAAAAAGAAGGGAAUAAAUAUUUCUUUGCAGAAUAGAUAUAUGUAUAUAUAUUAGAAAACAUUUGCUCUUAAUCUUACAGUCCCUUCACUUGCUGCGCGAUCUUGGCAGCUUAUCUAAGAUUGUCAGUCGCUGUUAAAGCAUUACAGAGACAAGAUACAAAUUGCCUCAGUGCAGCAAUACCAGAAACUAGGGAUCAUCAUAAUCUAAGCUUGCUCUCUCCCUUUUUAUUUGUACAUUUCAAUUACUUGUAAUAGGAUCUAUGGUGGAUUUUUUUUUUUUUGCAUGUCUGCGUUGGGGGUUUUUUUUGUAUGUUUUUGUAAAAACAACUCUUGUGAAAUAAUUGAGAAAUAAAUAUUUUACUGAGUAGUUCAGUGUCUGAAUACG